AUUUAUUUGAAGCUCCACAGCAGUCGGGCUGCAUUCUUAAGGGAAUGAAUAUUUGUUCUUCAUCUUCUUCUGCCUGACAUGGAAAUGCUCCUGUUAAACCACAAUGAACAGAAAAACAGUUUUUGCUGAGCCCUCGUUAGAAGAAACACUCGUUAAACGGGUUUCAUUCAAGAAGGUUCAUUUCAUUCAAACACAGAAUCUAAAUGUGAAAUGUUGGUUUAAUGACAGAAACAGAAACGUUGUGUCUGUGAUGGCAGUGCAGCGAGGGUGUCAGAUCUUCUCCUCUGGAUCCACAGACUCCAUCAGGCUGGUGAACCAUCUGUGCUCAGGCAGGCUGGAGGUGAUGCUGAACGGCUCGUGGUCCUCAGUGAAUGAAGAUGACUUUGACCAGCAGGAUGCAGAGGUGGUCUGUAGGGAGCUGGGAUGUGGGCCUCCAUCAGGCCUCCAGGGGGCGCUCUAUGGAGAAACAGAUGCUCCAGAGUGGAGCAAAGAGUUCCUCUGUGAAGGUCAUGAGUCUGCUCUCCUGAAAUGUAGAAGCUCUGUUCAAAAAUAUUCUGGAAAAGCUGCUGGACUCACCUGCUCAGAUUCUGGAAACAUUCGGUUGGUUGAUGGAGACCAUCGUUGUGCUGGAAAACUGAAUAUGAAGUACAAAGGAGAAUGGAGACCUGUUUAUGGCUACAAUACUGACAUGAAGUUUCCAGAGUCUGUAUGUAAUCUGCUGGACUGUGGUUCACCAAUCACAGCCAGAAGAAGACGACAAAACUCUAUAGAGGCUGUCUGGGGACUGGGUGUUAGCUGUGAUGCAUCUCAUUUAAUGAAGUGCCAGAAAGACAUAAAUUCCCACUUUGAAUUUUCUGAGAUCACCUGCUCAGAAUCCAUCAGGCUGGUGAACGGAGACAAUCAGUGUUCAGGCAGGCUGGAGGUGAAGUCUAACAACUCCUGGUCCAUAGUGUGUGAAGAUGACUUUGACCAGCAGGAUGCAGAGGUGGUCUGUAGGGAGCUGGACUGUGGGGAUCCUUCAGUCCUCCAGGGGGCGCUCUAUGGAGAAACAGAGGCUCCAGAGUGGAGCAGAGAGUUCCUCUGUGAAGGUCAUGAGUCUGCUUUACUCGACUGUAAAAGUAGCAGUUCAUCUCAGAAGUUCUGUUCUUCCGGUAAAGCUGUUGAGCUCACCUGUUCAGGCCAUUUAAGGUUGGUGGGAACGACCAGCCGCUGCUUUGGGGUUCUGGAAAUCUUCUACCACAGAGAGUGGAGACCAGCGUAUGAUUUCAAAUCAACGGAAAACUGGGACCAUGAAGUUGCAACUGCAGUGUGUUCACGGCUGGGUUGUUGUUAUGCGGUGUUCCAACAGAUCACAGACACUUUUCCACAGAGAAAUGUGUGGUUGAUCGACUCCUCCUGCUUCAAGUCACCUUCUCAUCCCUGUUUCUACUAUGAUGGAAAUUUACAGACUGUGAAUAGACUGGAGGUGUUGUGUUCAGAUUCCCUGGAAAGUCCAAACAUCUCCGUCUCUUCCAGCAGUGGGGUCUCCAAGGCUAGAAAUCAGGGGUUGCAGGUCUUCUUUGGUACCAGUUUCAGCAUCAUUUGCUCCUCCCAUCAUCUGUACCAAGGCGGGAUCUUCCAGCUCAUCUUCAACAACUCCACCACAACUCUGAACAACACCCUGCCGGCUGUCAAUAACUCCGCCCUCUUCUCAUUCUUGGAGGCGAGCCACGCCCACCAAGGAGAUUACAUCUGUGUUCACCACGUCCACAUCAACUCCCAAAACCUGACGCUCCAAAGCCAGCAGCUGAGUCUGACUGUUUUAGUUUCAGUUUCUCUGACUGAAUUCAUCAUCAGACAUGUUGUGGUCCUGCUGAUCAUGGUGGUUUCAACAUCUGCCCUCUACGUCUACUUUAAGACCAAGAGCAGGCGGAUGCAGGAACCCAAGAGAAACCGCCCUGUUGAUGAUGGUCCAGCUCUGAGGCCAAGAGAGAGGAGGAGACGGCAGGAGCAGAGAAAAUGCAUGCACAGCGUUUAAGCGUUUUAAAAAAUAUGUUUAUAAAAAAUGAUAGUCUUGACAAG